AUGCCGACCUGGAGCUGGAGACUGUCGUAUUGCGCCGCCCAGCAGACCCCCAAGCUUCUCCGCCGUCUUGCCUCGCCCGCCAAACCGUCGACCACCACUGCCCCGCUUCCGUGGCCGCCGCAGCGCGCCGGAGCCCACACAGCUGCGCGCGAGCCGAAGACAGGGUCGGGUACGACGACGCCAGUACCCGAUGAGGCGGCCGCAGUGCGCGCGCGCUCCAAGGCGGCAUUCUACUUCGAGGCCGGCUACGCGCUGUAUGCGAAGCGGCCGUCGCGCCCUUUCCCGCCGCCGUUCCUGUCCUACCCCUCCGGCUCCUUCUCCGACCCGCUGAGCACGCACAACCGCAGCCGCGACCGCCGCAGCUUCGUCAAUGGCGAGAUGAUCCGCGGCAUCACCAACGGCGACGAUGCCGUGCUGGUCAGCGACAACUUCAUCGGCGCCAACGACGGCGUUGGCGCCUGGGCCGCACGCGAGAGGGGCCAUGCUGCGCUGUGGUCGCGGCUCAUCCUGCACUUCUGGGCGCUCGAGGCCGAGAAGGACGCCUACGGCGGCGCCAAGGAGCCCAACCCGGUCGAGUACCUGCACAACGCCUUUGAGCAGACCAAGCUGGCCACCUCGGACCCCAACGAGUGGUUCGGCACCACGACAGCCUGCAGCGCCCUGCUCGGCUCCGAUGCCGGCGAGUCGCCCCAGCCCGUGCUGUACGUGACCCAGCUCGGCGACUCGCAGGUGCUCGUGCUACGCCCGCGCGACCGCGAGGUCAUAUACAAGACGGCCGAGCAGUGGCACUGGUUCGACUGCCCGCGCCAGCUGGGCACCAACAGCCCGGACACGCCGCGCGGGAACGCCGUCAUGGACCGCGUGCUGAUCGAGGAGGACGACGUCGUGCUGGCCAUGUCGGACGGCGUCGUCGACAACCUGUGGGAGCACGAGGUCUUGGAGAACGUCGUCGACAGCAUGCACAAGUGGGAGAACGGCGAGGCCGAGCUCUGGGAUGGCCACAACAAGAAUGAUAAAUCGCCUGCCGACGGCAUGCAGUACGUUGCCCAGGAGCUAGUGAAAGCUGCCCGCACUAUUGCCGAGGACCCUUUCGCCGAGAGUCCUUACAUGGAGAAAGCCGUUGACGAGGGACUGUCCAUCGAAGGAGGAAAAUUGGACGACAUCAGCGUCGUUGCGGCUAUCUGCAAGCGCAGGAAGUCUUGA